AUGAAAGCUACCGUUAGAGACAUUAUUAUUCUCAAUGUUUUGGUAGCUACAUUUCUAUUUGUGGGAGCUGGGAUUUUUCACGUCCUCGAAAGUCCAAACCAGUAUGGCCAAGAUCACCAAUUUUACGAACAAAUCAAUCAAGCUACUUUAGAUAGUUUACACAAAAACCUGAGCGUAAACAUGCUGAAGGAUGAAUUCGAUAACUUGGUAAAAAACGUUUACAAAUUGAAGGUAACUUGUCCAUCGAGAGCAUCGAGUAGUUAUAACUGGACGUAUUCCGGUUCGCUCUACUUUUCAGCAAAUGUUAUAACGACUAUUGGUAUGUAUUUUAUAAUUUCACAUUCACAUUAUCUAUAAGUCUCAAUUAGAAGUGGUCGUAGGUUUUAAGCAUAUACUACUUCCUGCCAUGGUGCGACAAAGUGUCAGCCUUCACAGGGUGUCAUUCCUCAAUUUUCAGAGUACUUUAAAAACAGAGGCUUAUCUUUCCCUUUGCGUUUCCCGAUGAGGGAAUACAUCGGACCAGGCUAAGUACCGAGAUAAUUUAAAUAUGAUGAUACGUAAUCUUAGAACAAAGGUAAGGUUUGGAUUACGAAUCAUAUUGGACGGACUAUUGUAUGGAAAGUAGCUAUAAAUGGGCGUACUUUGAACAUGAUCGGCAUAAGAAUGUUUCACUUACAGAGAAAGAGGAACCCCCCUCUUAACCACAACGUAAAAGGGAUUGAAAAAGACAUAAAUGAGUAUGAAUGAGUAUAACUCAUCCUGUUCAGCACUGAAUUGCUGACAUUACUUAACGCCAUGUUCAAAUCCGUCGUAACUUUUUGUACGGGUUUUUGGCAAAUCCCAACGAAAUCUUGAAUCACUCAGAAUCGACUCCCACAAAGGGAAUAUUUCGGAGCACCGAACCUACCCCCUUUCAGUAUACGGACUGCGGACUCUUACCACUUAACCUGGUCCCCAGGGAAAACGAGAAGACCCUGGAGACGAGGUUGCUUACCACUAAACUAUGGAACACUGAUUGAUCAUCACUUAUUUUAUUUCAUUCCAGGUUAUGGACAUAUGACACCCUCAACCUUCGCUGGUCGAAUGUUCUGUAUUUUCUACGCGUUAGUUGGAAUACCCUUGUGCAUGUCAACACUGAAGGUGAUGGGCGAUAAAAUAAACGAACUACUGGGAAGCUUCUUCAUCAUGAUCAGUACCAAACGCCAGCUCAGAGACGGCAAGCAGACUAAAAUCAAAGUCAUGUUAACACUGACAGGACUAGUCUUAGUCUUCCUCUUUCUCGGAGGAACGCUUUAUUUAUCAGAGGACUGGAGCUAUUUCGAUGGAGUGUACUAUUGCUUUAUAGGUAAAGUUAUAACGAGCUACCGCGUGUUAAUAGAGGUCUUAGAAUUUCAUUCAUAAUAUUCAUUCGCGAUCAAACCUCUAAAACGUUUUUUCCUUCUUUUUGCUGAGAUUUCAUUUACCAUUAGUUAUAAGAGUAAGCUUGGGAAAGGUUGUAUAAUACAAUUAUUUAACCCAACGCUUUUUCUUUUCCAACAAAUUAAUGAGCUUAGCGUUGGCAUAUGGCGCCGAUUAUACUAGUUUUAGUUUUCAAACAGCCGAGUACUUUUUAAAGUAUACUUUCAAAAAGUUAAGUAACCUCUGCAGUGUAAUGGUGCUAUCUUCAACUUUUAGCAGUGAAAGUAAAAACCUUAACUUUGCAUUGCUUUCAAUUGCUUAGCUUUUGCAGAUUUCUCUUGUUUGUCCGCUGUCUAUUACUAACAUUAGCACAUACCUAGACUGAGCGCGUCACCAGGACUUUUCCGUUUUCUAAAUGAAGAAAAUUGUCAUUAAAGUGACUUGUUGAGAACUGAACUCAUCAUGCUGUGUUUCAGCUUUGAGUACCAUUGGGUUUGGGGAUAUGGUCCCCACGAAAGGCAAGGCACCCUCAUCAGCGGUCCAAACACUGGAAUAUAUCAUCCGGGGUUUAUAUCUUGUAAUCGGCCUCGUCCUGGUGUCGAGUCUUGUUUCUUCUGUGGUAUCUGCAGUAAAGGUGUUAGAUGGAUGGGACUGUUGUAGGCGGACAAGAUGUGAGUAG